CUUCUCGAAGUAUCUGAUCUGAUCUUGAUCUCUCAACUCAAUUCCUAAUUCUCCUCUGAAUCUCUCUCUGCCGAAAUGGAUCUCCGAGAAUCGAUUAGUAAUCAGACGGACGUCUCGUUGUCGCUGGCGAAGCAGGUGAUGCUGAGCCAUGCCAAGCACUCCAACUCGGUGUUUUCUCCCUUGUCAAUUCACGUCGUUCUCAGCCUCAUAGCUUCCGGCGCCAAAGGCCCUACCCUCGAUCAGCUCCUCUCAUACCUUAAGUCCAACUCAAAUGAAGAUCUCAACUCUCUUUCUUCACAGGUAAUCGCUCUCGUCUUCGCCGAUGGCGAUCCCCUUGGUGGCCCCAAACUGUCAUUUGCUAAUGCUGCCUGGAUCGACCAGUCUCUAUCUCUUAAGUCUUCUUUCAAACACGUCGUGGAAGAUGUUUACAAGGCUGCUUCUAAUCAAGUCGACUUUCAAACUAAGGCUGUUGAAGUAACAGGGCAAGUAAACGCAUGGGCUGAGAAAGAGACCAAAGGCCUUAUCAAAGAAAUUCUUCCCCCCGGUUCAGUCGACAGCUCCAGUAAGCUAAUCCUGACAAAUGCUCUGUAUUUCAAAGGUUCCUGGACUGAGAAGUUUGAUGCAUCUGAAACAAAAGACCAUGACUUUUACCUUGUUAAUGGAAACUCAGUUAAAGUGCCUUUCAUGACCAGCAGCAAGAAGAAACAAUUUGUUUCUGCCUUUGACGACUUUAAAGUUUUAGGCCUUCGAUAUGAACAGGGUCAAGACAAGCGUAGCUUUUCCAUGUACAUUUUCCUUCCGAAUUCAAAGGAGGAAGGUGGUUUGACAGGCUUGGUAGAAAAACUUAACUCCCAACCUUCCGGUUUCUUAGAUCAACACUUGCCUUAUAAGAAAGUAAAAGUGGGAGAGUUUCUGAUACCAAGGUUUAAGAUUUCUUUUGGGUUCGAAGCUUCAGAAGUUCUGAAGCAAAUGGGAUUGAUUUCUCCUUUUACUACUACAACUGCGGGUGGUGGACUCACAGAAAUGGUGGACGAUUCAUCAGUUGGCCAACAGUUGUAUGUCUCAAGCAUUUUCCACAAGUCUUUUGUUCAAGUCAAUGAAGAAGGGACAGAGGCUGCAGCUGCUUCUGCUGGUGUGAUUGCUCUAAGGUCCAUAAUGAUUGAUGAUGACCCCAUAGAUUUUGUGGCAGAUCAUCCAUUUCUCUUUAUCAUAAGAGAAGAUCAAACUGGAGUGAUUCUCUUCAUUGGGCAAGUGUUUAAUCCACUUGAAGAUUAGUAAUAAUAAUAACAGAUUUUAGAAUCGGGAUGACUAUCAGACUAUGCAUAUGCUUCUUCUGUUGGUAGAGAAAGCAAGCUAAGCCGAGAUGUUUCUUGUUGUUGUAUAUUGAAUCCUUGUCUACUGUCUUUCUGGUUGUGUGUUUGUAUUUGAGCAGACUGUUUGUUGUUUGUA